AUGACAACAACACCAAAUGAAUUUUUACGAUUUGCAAAAGAAAUGGGUCUUGGUCAAAUAAAAUCAACUUCAUUAACACCAUUAUCAUUGUCAAAUACUAAUAAUAAUGGUUGUACACUAACUGGCUUAUCUGUACUUAAUAAUCUAUGUCAUCUUAUUGAAGAUAUACAUAAAUUAAGAAGUGAAAAUGAACGUUUACGUGCUCAUUUAGAAAUAAUUAAUCAAACUGAAAAUUUUCUAUUAAAAACAGACGAAAAUAUACAAUUAAUAAAUUCAAAACAAAGAAAAAAAAUAAUACGUUCAACAGUAUCAAUUCAUGAUGAUGAAGAUAAUUUAUAUGAAGAAAAAAGUUCAAGAAUAUCACCUUCAAAUUCAUUAAAAAUUAAACAAAAUAAUGGUUUAUCGAAUCUAUCCUUAACAAGUAAAGAACGACAAGGUGUAGAUUUUGUAAAUAAUCAUGAAGAUUUAUCAUCAAUGUCAGGUAUCGAUCAUGAUCAAUCGAAAAUAAUCGAUAAUAAUUUAGAUGUACCUAAUUCAACAAAUUGGAAUAGUCGAGUACGACAAGCAUUAAAAUUUUCACUUCGACGAAAACCAAAUUUACGAACAAAUUCUUUAUUAACACAUACGGAACGAACAAUUCCAGUUAUUAAUAUUUCAAAUGAAAAUGAUGAUAAUAAUAAUCAUGUACAAGAUAAUAUACAUGAAAAGAAAAAGAAAAAAUUUUUAAUAAGUACUAAUAGUCAACGAGUUCUAACGGGUGAAGAUAGUGAUCAAGAUGAUGAAUAUAUUGAAUUUAAUAGAGUAAAUCAUAAACGUGAACUUUAUAGAAGUAAUGCAGUUAAUUUAUCAAUUAAUGAACAACACGAUAUAUCAACAUCAAAUUUAAUUCAUCAUCCAUCGUCACUUGAUGAUGAUAGUUCAUUAAGUCGAAAACCAUCUAAAAUUGCUCAUUAUGGACGUAAAUUACGUUCAAAACUUGAUACAGUUAAAAAACAAUUUAGUGAACCAAAUCCAUCUUCAUCAUCACAUCCAUUAAUUCGUUUACAUGGAUCAACAUUUGAUGAUAUUGGAUAUGGAUUAAAUCAUGCAUUACUUACAGCUAAAUUAGCUCCGGCAAUGACAAAAUCUUAUCAACAAAAAAUGCGUGAAUGGCAACUAAUGCAAAAAAGUAAUUUUUUAGUAGAUUAUCGUCGACAAUCAAUAACAAAUAAACUUGAAUUAAAUAAUAAUUAUCAAAAACCAUUAAUAAUGUCUAGAAUAAAUGAAACAUCUAUUAAAUCACAACAAUCAUCAUUAAUAAAUAAAUCAAAUAAUAAAAUUGAAACAAAUAUAUUAUCAUUAAGUCCUAUUUUAUCAUCACAUCAACGAACAUUUCUUGUACAUCAAUGGCGUGAAAUAAUGUCUGAAGAAAUUUUACUUCAUCAUUAUAAUGAAUAUUUACAAAAUAAAAUUGAAAAAUUAAAACAACUUGAAACUAAUUUAAAAUCUUUAAAAACAAAUAUUUUUUGUACAAAUAAUCAAGAUUAUUUAUUAAGACAUCGUUCAUUAACAAAUAUUGAACAAUUUAAUUAUAAUUUAUUAAAUCAAUAUAAACAAACAUAUGUACCUAGACGUUGUCAUUCAUUUCAAUCAUUAAUAACAAUGCCUACUUCAUGGAUAUUAGCUGUACAAAGUGCAGCUUAUUCAGAUAUAUUAGAUGGUACAUCAAAAACAAUAACUAAACCAACAAUAAUAUAUAAUGAAAAUUUUUUUAAUCAAUUAAAUCAUUUUAAAAAAGAUCGACAACAUUUUGAACAAGAUGUAAUAAAAGAUUUACAAACAAUUAGACAUUCAAUAACAAAUAUUUCACAUGAAGAAAAUAUAAAUAAUAAACGAUUAAAUCAACAACAAAUAAAAAUUCCUUUAAAUCGUGUAUGUCUACGUAAAUUAUCACUUAUAACACCAAAUGAAAUAUCUCAAACAAUAACAUCAAAUUCAAUGAUACCAUUACAAACAACAAUAACUAAAUUAGAAUCAUCAAUUCAUAUUGAUCAUUUAUCAACACCAACAAAUAGUGAACCAGAUCCACCAAGUUUACCAUCAUCAUCAAUAGCACUUAAUAAACGUUCAAAACGUUCACGUUUUGAUUUAAAAAAAACUUUACAACGUAGUAAAAGUAUAUGUAUGACACAAUUUAAUUCUUGGCUUCAACGUCAUCGACAACAACAUUCAUCUUUACCAAGACGAAAAUCAGCUAUUGAUUCAAAAACAUCAAAAGAAAUAAUAUCAUCAACAUGUUCAACACCAAAAUUAUUUGGUUCACCUCGUUUAGCUCGUAUUCAUAAUAGAAUAUUUAAACAAAAUCCAUCUUCUUCUUUACCAUUACCAUCAUCAUAUCAACAAUCAUUACAAUUAACAGAACUUCAAUCAUCAUCAUCAUCACCAUCACCACCAUUACCAACACAAAUAUUUGAUGAUUCUGAUGAACAAUUUCAACAAAAAGAACCACAAGUUCGUAUUUAUUUACCAGCUCGAACAUCAUCAAUAAUUCGUCAUGUACGAAUUACUGAUGAAAAUCUUAUAGCAGAUAAUAAUAUUAAUAUUCCACCACUAUUAAAAAUAUCAUCACCAAUAUUAAAUCGACGAAAUUUAUUAUCGUCAACGAAAAAUAAUAAUAAUAAUAACUAG